AUGCUACUAUUUUCUAUUCUCUCCUUCUAUACCCUUCUAAUCGCCUCGAACUGGUCUCCAGUUUCAAGGGACGUCAUUGAGUUUGCUAAUAGGAAGGACGUUUUCGAAUACCUCGAUUACAUCGAUAAUCUCGUCGAUUCGUUUGUCUUGGUGGUAUUGCUUUCCAUCUGGCUCUUUGCUUUUCGUUACACUCCUGAUCUACGCCCACUGUAUUACCAUCAAAUUGCCACAGCGAUUUUUGCAUGUAUCGUCGAUUAUUUCAUUCCCAAAGUUUUGGACAUCUUGGUUGAUGGUUUGGUACCCCAAGAACAUCCAUUUCACCAACUAAUGUAA